GUGCUCGGAGAAGUCAUAUGUGCAAACAGUCCUUCUGUGCGUGCUUAGCUCAUGGGUUUGAUCAUGUCAGAAUCUCGGUCUGAACGUUUGACCUUAUGCCUCGCACGGCACCCUGCUACUGUGUCCGACUUCUAACCCCAAGCCGGGAAUCCGACACGCUGCUCUCAGUGAAACACUGGAAGCCGACCUUUCCUUUCGCCUAUAGAAACAUACUCCAUUGUAUGGUAUGCCCUCACGACAAGACGGCGUCCGGCGAAGGCCAGUUUUGGAUGGCAGACCUUCGGAUGACACGACCGUUGGACGCCGGUUCAUUUCAAACGAUCCAAUCCUUGGUGCGUUUAGCCUCUCGUGCUAGCUUUCGCUCCAAUCCUGCCUGCCGCUCUUGUGUCUUGUCCGGGGACCCAGAAGCCAUGCGAUCGGUUAGGAGCGUGAAGACGACCCUCGAAAGGCGAGUCAUCCCGUAUUUGUUCCACCCUCCUCGCCAAUCAGCCGCGUGUCAUGACCCUCGGAGCUCUCGUUGCUGCCACGAGUCUGUCUGUAAGCCUUGGCUCCUGACGCGGAAGAUCGUGCUACGGCUACCCAUGAAUGCACGUCCCAUGGGGAACCACCGCGUCUGCAGGCAUUACCGGACGCCCGAGACACUAGCAACGACGCAUCCAUAUCCCAGCUCCGACCGGCGCCCCGUUUGCAGAAUAUCCCCUUGGUCUUAGACACGGCGAGUACGGCGCCCAACCCGGCGACGAAAUUUCAAUCGGCCUUGCUCUAGGUCGACGCUGAAGAGCGCUGAAGUUGCCCCGCAUUGUUCAGAUCCGCAGACAUCGGCUUGUCACCGUCUGCCCCCACAUCUGUCUGACACAAUCUCUACGCUGUGGCUCCCAAGA